UCCGUUUGGACCGUACAGGACAGCCGAGUCGAGCUUGGAUGAUCUGCUUCACUGAAAUCCCGACAUGGAGUUGCUGCUGAUUUGCUUUUCCUUUUGGAUAUUGCAACGCAAUUCGGCCAGAGCGGACUCGAUCAUUCAUAUCGGUGCCAUAUUUGAGGAAAAUGCUGUGAGAGAUGAUGAGAUUUUCCAACUCGCCAUCUCAGACCUGAGUCUGAGUGACGACAUUCUGCAGAGCGAGAAAAUCACCCACUCCGUGAAACUUAUUGAGCCUAACAACCCUUUCCAGGCCGUGCAGGAAGCAUGUGAGUUAAUGAACCAGGGGAUUCUUGCCCUGGUUACAUCCACUGGCUGUGCAGCCGCAAGUGCCCUGCAGUCUCUAACAGAUGCUAUGCACAUCCCGCACCUCUUCAUCCAAAGAAAUGGGGAUGGUGCACCGCGAACCGCUUGCCAGCUCAACCCCAGCCCAGAAGGAGAGAGCUACACGUUGGCUGCCCGUCCCCCAGUUCGGAUCAACGAUGUCCUGCUCACCCUCAUCUCUGAGCUGCACUGGCAGAAAUUCAUCAUCUUUUACGAGAGCGACUAUGAUAUCCGAGGUUUACAAACCUUUAUGGACCAGGCGUCUCGACUUGGCCUGGACAUUUCCUUGCAGAGGGUGGACCGCAAUGUCAGUCGGGUAUUUAGUGACCUCUUCAACACCAUGCGCACUGAGGAGCUCAACCGUUACCGGGACACUUUACGGCGGGCUGUGCUGCUCAUGAGCCCCCGUGGUGCACAGGUCUUCAUCCACCAGGCUGUGGAAACCAACCUGGCAUCCAAGGACAGUCACUGGGUCUAUGCCAAUGAGGAGGUGAGUGACGCAGACAUCAUGGAGCUGGUCCACAGCUCUCUGGGCCGUAUGACAAUCAUUCGACAAGUCUUCCCUUUAUGGAGGGACACCAAUGUCCGCUGUAUGAGGAACAAUCAUCGCAUUUCCUCCCUGCUGUGUGACCCACAGGAAGGCUAUCUGCAGUCCCUAGAGGUGUCCAAUCUCUAUCUGUAUGACAGUGUUUUGAUGCUGGCCAACGCCUUCUAUAGGAAACUGGAAGACAGGAAGUGGCACAGUAUGGCAAGCCUCAACUGCAUGAGGAAGUCCACAAAGCCAUGGAAUGGAGGAUGGUCGAUGCUGGACACCAUUCAGAAGGGACGGAUCAGUGGCCUGACAGGACUGAUGGACUUCCGUACCGAAGGCUCAAACUCACAUGUACAGUUUGAGAUUCUUGGGACGAGCUACAGUGAGACGUUUGGGAAAGAUGUGAAACGGUUGGCAUCUUGGGACUCCACUCGUGGCUUGAAUGGUAGCCUGAAGGAGAACCGGAUCGAGAGUGGCAUGCAGGGAGUGACACUCAAGAUUGUAACAUUACUGGAGGAACCUUUUGUGAUGGUGGCAGAAAACAUUCUGGGGCAACCCAAAAGAUACAAAGGUUUUUCAAUCGACGUCUUGGAUGCACUCGCCAAGCUUCUGGGCUUCAAGUACGACAUCUACCAAGUUGGUGAUGGGAAGUAUGGCUCAGUACUCCCCAAUGGAUCCUGGAAUGGCAUGAUUGGAGAACUCAUUGCAAAGAGAGCUGACUUGGCCACAUCAGCCAUCACCAUCACACCUGAGCGCGAGAGCGUUGUUGAUUUCAGCAAGCGCUACCUGGAUUACUCCGUGGGGAUCCUGAUGCACAAGUCAGAGGAAAAGAUCAACAUUUUUUCUCUGUUAGCACCGUUUGACCUGGCCGUGUGGGCAUGCAUCGCUGCAGCCAUCCCAGUAGUGGGCAUCAUGAUUUUCCUGCUGAGGCGUAUCCAGGCAGUGCGAUGCCACAACAGCACAGGUCAUCCACCACCUUCUGCCUCCACUUCACUUCAGAGCGCUAUCUGGAUUGUCUAUGGUGCUUUUGUGCAACAAGGUGGCGACUCCAUCCUCGGCUCGGUGGCUCUGCGUAUCGUCAUGGGCAGCUGGUGGCUUUUCACCCUCAUUGUGUGUUCGUCCUACACAGCAAAUCUGGCUGCCUACCUCACCGUGUCACGCAUGGACAAUGCAGUUCGGUCAUUCCAGGAUCUGGCCAAACAGGUGGAUUUUACAUACGGGACAGUGAGGGACUCUGCUGUGUAUGAAUAUUUCCACGCCAAAGGCACCAACCCUCUGGAGCAGGACAGCACAUUUGCUGAGCUCUGGAAAAUCAUCAACAAGAACAACGGCUUCGAGAACUCUGUCUCAAGCCCGUCAGAGGGCAUCAAGAAGGCAAAGCGAGAAUCAUACGCCUUUCUAUGGGACAUGGCGGUGGUGGAGUACGCUGCUUUGACAGACGAUGACUGCACGCUAACUAUAGCAGGAAACAGCAUGAGCACCAGAGGCUAUGGCAUGGCCCUGCAGCACGGCAGUCCUUAUAGAGACCUCUUCUCUCAGAAGAUUUUGGAGCUCCAGGAAAAAGGUGAUCUUGACAUCUUGAAGCAAAAAUGGUGGCCAAAGAAAGGCCGCUGUGACCUGCAGAGCCACACAGACGCUCAGCCGGAGGGACGGGCGCUGCGUCUCCACAGCUUUGCCGGCGUUUUCUGCAUCCUCGCUGCUGGUCUGCUGCUGGCCCUCCUGGUGGCGGCGCUGGAGACAUGGUGGAACAGCAACCACUGCCGGAGAGAGCAGCCCAAAGAGGACAAAGAGGUAAACUUGGAACAGGUCCACCAGCGUUUGAACAGCCUACUAGACGAGGACUUAGCCCAUAAGCAGCUGCCGGGCCAGUCCAUCGAGAUCUCCGCCCUGGAUAUUGGUAGAAUGCAGCCCAGCCAGUCUCUGGAGGCUUUGUCUGUUCGAGACUACCCACCACACCGGGGGCCUCCGCCACUGUCUGUGACCAGCUUCCUUCACGAGAGUCAUGGGGUAGGCAGAACACUGGGAGCAGUGUCUGGCAGGACCUUGCCCCUGCCCCUCAGCAGUGCCACCAUGCCCUCCAUCCGGUGCAAACACAGGGCGCCCAAUGGGGGGCUCUUCAGGCAGAGCCCAGUCAAGACGCCCAUGCCAUUGUCCUACCAACCAGCGCCAGGAGGACCCAUCCCAGAAGCCAAUGAGCCUAGCCACGGGACAUCCAUUUGAGCAUGAUGAACUUUCAAACACUCAAGCUCAAACACAAGAGUGCAGAACUAAACGGAGUGCCUACAGUACGAGGAGAUAUAAAUAAACAAUAAAAAUCUAACUUUUAUUACCUGUGAUCGCGUCAACGAGACGACACGUGACGAGACGCUGACACUUUAAUGUACAUAUUUGUAAGUACAAAGAAAGAAACAACAUUAAAGUGUAUUUUGAAUAUUCAACAGUUGAGUUUAAAAAACAUAA